AUGCUCUCGCGAGCUCUCCACCGCAUCUCUCACCUCCCUCCCCCGCUCCACACCCCCGUUCUCCCCACCUGCCUCCUCCUCCACCGCACCCUCCACACCACCCCCCACCCCAGCCAGCGCCCCCUCCCCCCGCGCCUCACAAUCCUCGAGUCCGACAUCCUCGAAUCCUUCCUCAAAGGCUCCGGCCCAGGCGGGCAAAAGAUCAACAAAACCGCCUCCGCCGUCCAACUGAAACACCUCCCCACCGGCAUCGUCGUGAAAUGCCAGCACACGCGCAGCCGGAGCCAGAACCGCAAGAUGGCGCGGCGGCUGCUGGCGGAGCGGGUCGAGGAGCUGGAGCUCGGGGAGGAGAGCAGGGGCGCAAUUAAGAGGAGGGAGGCGGGGAGGAAGAAGAGGGCCGCGGGGAAGAAGAAACGGAGGAAGUAUCGUAAGUUGGAGGAGGAGAGGAGGGAGGUGGAGGGAGCGGAAGUGGAGGGAGCGGUACUGGGUGGAGGGGUGAUUGCGGCGGCGGAGCAUGGGGCGAUGACGGGAGAGGAAGAGGGGGGCGGUAGGCUUCCAGGGAGGAAGAGGCGGGGGGAGGAAGCAGCGGGUAGAGGGGAUGUCGAUAGGGCUAGGCAUGGGCUGAGGCUGGUGAACGACCAAGACGAAGACGAGGAUGAGGAGGAGGGUGAGGAGGACGAUGAAGACGACGAGGAAGAUGAAGAUGAAGAGGACGAGGACGAGGACGACGAUGAUGAGGAUGACGACGACCACGAAGGCUUUGACCUCGCUUCACCGGGCCAUCUAUUCGAGAUCGCGAGCCCAGCACCAAGCGUGCGGAAGUUCGUCGACAACCCGCAGGAUCCGCAGUACAUGGCGCUGAUCACGCCAUCAACCGGCCGACAAGAAAUCCUAGUCAAGGAAACAGUUUACGGGCGAAAUAGAAAAGGGACCACCGGCUGGGUGAAACCAGACCAUGAGCUCUCGCUAAAACUGUUUCCAUUCGACACAGACGCGCCCCCGUUGAACAUUGACUACACGCCUGACGAUUGA